AACUAUCCCAGCAUCCUAGAACUCUAUAUAAACAAGAAAACUUGGUCAUUUAGUCAAUCACAGAUUACCGUGUUUACAAAGAACAAAAAGAAGAGUUAAAGAGUUUCUGAAGAAUACGUUAUUUGAAGAUGAGUUCAACAAGCCGAGCUUGGAUGGUGGCAGCCAGUGUUGCAGCAGUUGAAGCCUUGAAAGAUCAAGGAUUCUGCAGGUGGAACUACACCAUUAGAUCAUUACACCAACAUGCCAAGAACAACAUCAGAUCAGUUUCUCAGUCGUCGAAGAAGUUGUCUUCUUCGUCUUCCGCUGUGGUUUCAAGCAAAAUAAGAGAACAGCAAGCAAAACAAGCGGAGGAGUCUUUAAGAACAGUCAUGUUCUUGAGCUGUUGGGGUCCCAAUAACUAAGCUGAUCAGAAAGUUUUGAAGGUUUGAACGAGAAGAAAUCGGACAAACUAUAGUAAUAAUGUAUUCGAAUUUGUUACUCUCCUGUAGUACUUAGAAGAUUUAUGAGAUUACAGAUAUAUAUCUCCUUUCCAAGCAUUUGGAACUUGUAAAGAGCAAUAUAUAAAAUUUUAUAGAAUUAUCGGCA